AUGGCACGCGAAUACCCGAUUGAAAACGUGCGCAAUAUCGGCAUUGCAGCGCACAUUGAUGCUGGCAAAACAACGACGACUGAACGGAUUCUUUUCUACACCGGUAAAAAGCAUAAGAUCGGUGCGGUGGAUGAUGGCACUGCUGAGAUGGAUUGGAUGGUGCAGGAGCGAGAACGCGGCGUAACAAUUACUGCCGCCGCGACGACCUGCUUCUGGCAAGAACACGCAAUUCACCUUAUUGAUACACCCGGACAUGUCGAUUUCACAGUGGAAGUGGAACGAUCCUUGCGAGUUUUGGAUGGCGCGAUUGCCCUUUUCUGUGCUGUCGGUGGGGUCGAGCCACAGUCAGAGACGGUUUGGCGUCAAGCCGAACGCUACGAUGUGCCACGCAUCAUCUUCGUUAAUAAGAUGGAUAGAGUUGGCGCAAAUUUCACUCGCGUUCUGGAAAUGAUGCAGGAACAGUUAGGUGCUAACCCACUACCCCUCCAAUUACCGAUGGGUGAAGGUGCUGAUUUCGCUGGUGUUAUCGAUCUCGUGACGCAGAGAGCGAUGCGCUGGGAUGCAACCGACUUCGGACAGACGUAUGUGGAAGCAGAGGUUCCCCCUGAAUUUCAGGAUGAAGUGGCACAAGCACGGGAAGUCCUCUAUGAGAGUGUCGCUGUCGAAGAUGAGGCGUUGCUUGAAAAAUACUUGGGUGGUGAAGAAAUAACCCACGCCGAGUUACUAACGGUUAUCCGCGCAGCUACAUUGCAAGGGAAACUCUUCCCGGUACUUUGUGGCAGUUCUUUAAAGAAUCAAGGCGUUCAACCUCUAUUGGAUGCGGUAAUUGAUUUUCUGCCCUCCCCUGUUGACGUUCCUCCUAUUGAAGGGACUGUGCCACAUCUCGCUUCUGGUGGCGCGCGUUCCAAGCGCGCGAAAAACGCAUCCGCCGAGCAGGAUAAAGUAACACGCCUCGCAAAUGACGAUGCCCCGUUUUCAGCGUUGGCGUUUAAGGUGGCAAGUCAUCCAACGGUGGAUAAACUCGUUUAUUGUCGAAUCUAUUCAGGUGUGCUCAAGCGUGGGGAGGUCGUCUAUAACGUCCGUUCCGAAAAACGGGAGCGGAUUAACCGUAUCUUACAGAUGCAUGCCAAUAAAGAGGCGGUCUGUGAUACAGCUUACGCCGGUGAUAUUGUUGCACUCGUUGGACUUAAAGAUACCAAGACCGGAGAUACUCUGACGGAUCCGAGAGAGCCUAUCCUGUUAGAAUCCAUCACUUUCCCCAAUCCGGUUAUCUCAAUUGCCAUUGAACCUGAGCGAGCGAGCGAUGCUGAUGCAUUGGAAGAAACGCUCGAAAAAUUGAUGGACGAGGACCCAACCUUCACUGUGGGAAUCGACAAAGAGACCGGACAACGGAUUAUCUCUGGUAUGGGUGAACUCCAUUUAGAGGUUCUCACAGACCGCAUGAUCCGCGAAUUCGGGGUCAAUGCUCGGGUAAGCAAACUGCAGGUAGCGUAUCGUGAAACUAUCAGCGCGCUUGCUGAGACUCGCGGGACACAUAUCCAUAAAACAGAUGAAGAAGGUAUAUACGGUGAUGUACUGCUAACGGUUGAGCCGUUAGCGCGUGGUGAAGGAUUUCAGUUUGAAGAUAACACAGAUGAAACUCAGAUCCCGCGACAGUACGUCCCGUUCAUUGAGAAGGUAUUGGAAGGUGCUAUGGGGACAGGUCCCCGCAUCGGAUAUCCGAUGCAGGACGUGAAGGUCACACUCACGGGUGGUUCCUACCAUCCAACGGAUUCUUCGGAAGUAGCGUUUGAAGCGGCAGCAGUCUUGGCGUUUGAAAAUGCGACCAGAAAGGCGAAUCCUUUGUUGUUAGAACCAAUUAUGCGGAUGCAUAUUACUGUUCCUGAUGAGCAUGUCGGCAAAGUCAUUGGGGACCUGAAUUCACGUCGGGCACAGAUUAAUGAGAGCACAACCCAAGAUGCAUCCGAUACAGGACGUCCGUCGCAAUCGACACAAAUCGUCAUCAAUGCCUUUAUUCCACUUUCAGAGACGUUUCAGUACACAACGCGGCUUCGCUCAAUGACACAGGGACGUGGGGCAUUUACGUUGGAAUUUUCACACUAUGAAGUCGUGCCGUCGGCUCUUGCUCCGGAUGUAAGUCGUAUCGGUUCGACUUAG